AGGCAGAGUUUUCUAACUUGAAGACAUUUGGAGAUGUCCAUUUGCCAUAAAUUCGUAUUGUAAAGAAAGUAAUUUAUUAAUAAUAUAUAAUCACAUUUUUUAGAUAAUGAUUAGAUAUCAAAUGUAGACUUUACGUUUAUCAUUACUUUGCAGCAAAUUCUGAAAGAAAAUCUUCACAAUAAUAGAAGAAAUAACGGAAAUGGUAACGAAUCGUUAUUUCUUAAUUAACGAUAAUGGAUUAUUUUUAAAACAUAUAACGUGCUCGAUUAAAAGUUACUUUUUAAAAGUAACAUUUCAAACACUGAAUGUAUGAUUAUCUUUUCGUUCGUUCCAAACAUUAGCUUCAAGUUUCAACUCGAUGGAACCCUAUAAAGCGCGUUCGAAAACUUUACCCGGGUGCUCUUCCUCUCUCUUUAUCUCACUCCAAUGCAGCGAGUGCACCCGAAUAGAAUUUUCGAACGCACGCAUGGAGGCGCGAUGGAGCGCGAUACAGGUACGAUGGAAGCAUGAUAGACGCGAUGGAGGCACGAUGGAACGCGGUGGAGGCAUGAUGGAACUACGAUGGAGCCCUAUGGAGGCGCAAUGGAGCGCGAUGGAAGCACGAUGGAGGCAUGAUGGUGCGCGAUGGAGGCAUGACGGAGUUUUGAUGGAGUACGAUAAAGCGCGAUGCAGGCACGAUGGAGGUAUGAUGAAGCGCGAUUGCAAAGUGCCAGUUCGUUGCGUCGCAAGCUUCACACAAAAUCCACGGAACGAUCCACAGAGCGAUCUACGCAGAUAUUACGAAAGUCUUCUGGGAUUAAAUUUCUGUCUUUCACGAAGAAUUUGUGGUAAAACACCUUUUUCUGUAUUAAACGAUGGAACAACAGUCGGAAUCUAAUCAGUCGAAAAAUUGGUACCCGCGCACUAUUUUCAAUCGUAGUUAUCACAACUAUGCAGUAGUUGUGAUGGCUCGAUCUAUAUAUUGGGAACCAAGGAAAAUGUUUGAAAUAUGGAAAGAAGCUGUACUCACCGUUACUGUAAAUGGUGGAAUAUAUAGCUGGAUACAGUACUUGGAGAAUGCAGGAAUAGACAUAUUCAGCGGCCAGUAUAAUGAAUACGUGCCCAAAAUUAUUAUUGCAAAAAGGAUGGAUAGAAGUAUACAUGCUCCACUGACCAUGAUCGACAAACUGAAAAGUCUAGGCUCCAGGGUUAUCUAUCUACCUGGUCAGAAUCGCAAGGAAUUUACCAGAACAUUGAAUUGCAUCGCAGAUUUUGCCCAUGACUCGAAUAUGACCUUAAGAGACAUGUACGCAUUUGCGGAAUCGGAAGCAAAUUUUCACAACGUCCAAGUCAUAGAGACGUUACGUGUAAGCGACGGAAAUAUACGCAAUAUAGAGAUUGUAAUAGUUUCAAGCUUUUAUUUCUGCUGGAUGUUACGACAUGGUUUGCACAAAAUACGUGUAGAGAAUGGAGUCGACAAAAAUAUGGUGAUUACCAUAUGCAGUUUUUUACCAUUUAACUCUUGCGUAGUCAAUAAUCUCACAACAACCGGAUUGCAAACCAAUUUCAGUAUGUAUCACACUUUUAAUUUGUCCCAUCUUUAAGCUACGCAUUAAUAAUACGUUUUUCAUUAUAUUGUUGCGCUUGCUCGCGCAAUCAUAUCUGGGAGUAGGCAAAAUUAUGCUUCCGAUGGAGCAUAAUUUAUGGCAAUUAUACUCCAUUGGAAAGAACAUGCCAAGUAUGGUUUGAGCGAUUUAAGAGUGGUAAUUUUGAUGUCAAUGAUAAAGAACACUCAGGCCAAUCGAAAAAAUUUGAAGACACCGAU